GGUUUAUUUUUUUCUCAUCCUACCCGUUUGUUCACACAGGCCAGUAUCGUUCGUAGAGACUGACCAUGGUCUGAUGGCUCUCAUUCACAAUGAAGAGGGUUACUGGUGGGGCGUGUCUGUGCUUAUCAGUGAAGCAGAUCAGUCAAUAGCAGAAUCACAGAAUACACUACAAACUCCAGCACCUGACAAUGACUCACCAAGCCCACAAGUUGUGGAGUGUAUGUCAAAUGCCCGACUGCGAAGAUUCCUUACGGAAGGACGGGAUAUGUUCAGACUAUUGCACGGGAAUAUGGAUGAUCUGUGUGCGAGGGAUGGGUUGCCUGGCUUGCGAGCGGUGCUUAAGUCUUUUUAUCUUACGUAUGUACGAAACAACGCGCUUGAUGACACUUCUGGCACCAAGUGCUUUGGUGGCGUAGAGAUUUUAAGCCUACCUUCAUGGCUGCAUAUGGACUGUAUCACAAUGGGCAGCGAGAUCGAGGCAGAGUUUCCGGAUGUGUACGGCUUGAUGAUCAUGUCUGAGAACACGCUACUGGAAACCAGUCUCCCCGCUGAAGUCACAGCAUUGAUUUACGAUCUCCUCACAUCAAAUCAAGUAGGCAUGCCGGUGACAACCGCAAAUGACAACUCGCGCACCUGGCGCUAUAUACUAGGGCCUUCGGAUCUCAUAUCGAGUGACGCUGCAUUAAAUCCGUUGAAAUUGUACGUCAGUGCGGACGUUCGGGAUGAUAGUUACUGCGAAGAAGACAUUAAAAACGCAGCAGAGGAUUCCGAUGUGCACAGCCGGCGUGCAAGUACGGAUGAUAUAGAGGUGUAUCUUGUGGUACUGCAGAAAACCCAUAUACGGCUGGCGCUCUUGAUACCGGAGGACCUUGCUUUUGAAUACGAUUUCUAUAUUCAUUUGGCGGCAAUUUCUGAGAAGUUUCUAGACGGUUUAUCAGCCUAUACCAGCAAAGGCUCUCUAGCACCUCCAAGCACGAAUUCCAGCAGUCUGAUGGCCGGAAAGGAUUUACUGUACUAUCAGGAUACCAUGCAUGUGGAAAGCACGCUGCCUGAUCUGCCUCCAACCACGCGCUCGGCAGCUAGACGUAGAGUGGCCGCUGGUUUAGUGAAGUCUCUGCGACUGUUCCAGGACUUGUUUGAGCUAUUGCACGUUGAUAAAUGCAAUUCUGAAAUUAAUGAGAUAAUGAUGAUGGAGAAUGAGCACUGGAUGGUUGGGAGGGUAGAUAAUAAUCGGAUCUUCCUCAUGAGUCCGAAAGAACGAGUGCAAACUUUAACCCAAGUAUCUGCUGAAGUAGACGAUUCGAUACUCACACGAGACAAGCCGUGA